GGGCCCGCAGCCGUCACGCGGUGCCGCCGUCAGAGCGCCCAGUGCAGCCCGGGAGCAGCAGCCGCUCUGCGCUCGCUUGGGACCCGCGCCCCUGCCGGUGCUAAUGCCGCGCGGCCGCCGCCAGUGACGCCGGAGAGGUGUCUCCCCUGCUCGCCGGGGCUCCCACCGCUGCCAGGAGUGACCCGCAGGGGCCGCAGAGAUGGCCGGGGCCUCGGUGAAGGUGGCGGUGCGCGUCCGCCCCUUCAACUCCCGGGAGAUGAGCCGCGAGUCCAAGUGCAUCAUUCAGAUGUCCGGGAGCACCACCACCAUCGUUAACCCCAAACAGCCCAAGGAGACACCCAAAAGCUUCAGCUUCGACUACUCCUACUGGUCACACACGUCGCCAGAAGACAUCAAUUACGCCUCCCAGAAGCAGGUGUACCGCGACAUCGGCGAGGAGAUGCUACAGCACGCCUUCGAAGGCUACAACGUCUGCAUCUUCGCCUACGGACAGACUGGGGCUGGCAAGUCCUACACCAUGAUGGGCAAGCAGGAGAAGGACCAGCAGGGCAUCAUCCCGCAGCUCUGUGAGGACCUCUUCUCCCGCAUCAACGACACCACCAAUGAUAACAUGUCCUACUCUGUGGAGGUCAGCUACAUGGAGAUUUACUGCGAGCGUGUCCGUGACCUCCUGAACCCCAAGAACAAGGGCAACCUGCGUGUGCGGGAGCACCCGCUGCUGGGUCCCUACGUGGAGGACCUGUCCAAGCUGGCGGUCACCUCCUACAAUGACAUCCAAGACCUCAUGGACUCAGGGAACAAGGCCCGGACGGUGGCGGCCACGAACAUGAACGAGACCAGCAGCCGCUCCCAUGCCGUGUUCAACAUCAUCUUCACGCAGAAGCGCCAUGACGCGGAGACCAACAUCACCACAGAGAAAGUGAGCAAGAUCAGCCUGGUGGACCUGGCUGGGAGUGAGCGGGCCGACUCCACGGGGGCCAAGGGCACACGCCUGAAGGAGGGAGCCAACAUCAACAAGUCCCUGACCACCCUGGGCAAGGUCAUCUCUGCGCUGGCCGAGAUGGAUUCGGGGCCCAACAAGCGUGUGAAGCUGCGGCUCAGCGGGAACUGUUGGGGAGGGGCUCUGAGAACCGUGGAGCACCCGUGCGAGGGACUAGAUGGGACCCGCUCUGUGCGGAGACACAUGAGGAGGCGCGAGGCGCUGGGAGAGCGGGGAGCGGCUCAGGCCGCUGGCAGCCCUGUGGCUCGGUGUUGGGAGCAGCGCGAGGGCCGGCGAGGGCGGCGGUGUACGAAGGCCCCCCACCCUCGUGUGCUCAGCAUGGGCCCAACCCUCGUGUGCUCAGAGUGGGGCUCCCCCAGGGGCUCUGAGUGGGCCCCCCCAGGGGCUCUGAGUGGGCCCCCUACCCUCGUGUGCUCAGCGUGGGCUCCCCCCACCCCCCCGGGGGUUCAUAGUGGACCCCCCCACCCUCGUGUGCUCAGCAUGCGCCCCUCCACCCUCAUGUGCUCAGAGUGGGGUCCCCACCUUCGUGUGCUCAGCGUGGGCUCCCCCCACCCCCCGGGGGUACAGAGUGGACCCCCGACCCUCGUGUGCUCAGCGUGGGCCCCCUCACCCCUAGGGGGCUCAGAGUGGACCCCCGCAACCCUCGUGUACUCAGAGUGGGCCCCCACCCUCGUGUGCUCAGAGUGGGGUCCCCCCGGGGGCUCAGAGUGGCCCCCACCCCCAGGGGCUCAGAGUGGGCCCCCCACCUUCGUGUGCUCAGCAUGGGCUCCCCCCACCCCCCGGGGGUACAGAGUGGACCCCCGACCCUCGUGUGCUCAGCGUGGGCUGCCUCCACCCGCCGGGGGUUCAGAGUGGACCCCUGACCCUCGUGUGCUCAGCGUGGGCCCCUCCACGCUCGUGUACUCAAGAGUGGGGCCCCCCCUGGGCUCAGAGUGGACCACCGACCUUCGUGUGCUCAGCGUGGGCCCCUUCACUCUCGUGUGCUCAGAGUGGGGCCCCCCCUGGGCUCAGAGUGGACCGCCGACCCUCGUGUGCUCAGCGUGGGCCCCCUCACCCUUCUGGACUCAGUGGGCCCCCCCGGGGUGGUGUCUGGCCCCGGGCAUGGUGGGCAGCAGCCCCGUGGGCAGUGCGGUGCAGCGCCCGCCUGCUCCGGGCCAGUCGGCGUGUACCCGGCCGGGUGGCGGCGCCCGCUCUGACGUGUGGUCUUUUCUGUGUGUGUCCGUGUGUCCUGGCCGCCUCCACCUUAGCGCUUCGUUCGGAAGUGACACUAGAACCUUUUACCAGUUUGAGGCUGCGUGGGACAGCUCCAUGCACAACUCCCUCCUGCUGAACCGGGUCACCCCUUACAGAGAGAAGAUUUACAUGACCCUCUCUGCUUAUAUUGAGAUGGAGAGCUGCGCGCAGCCGGCCGUGAUCACCAAGGACUUCUGCAUGGUUUUCUACUCACGAGAUGCCAAGCUGCCCGCCUCGCGCUCCAUCCGCAACCUGUUCGGCAGUGGAAGCCUGCGGGCCUCGGAGAGCAACCGCGUGACGGGCGUGUACGAGCUGAGUCUGUGCCACGUGGCUGACGCGGGCAGCCCAGGCAUGCAGCGUCGGCGCCGGCGGGUGCUGGACACGUCCGUGGCCUACGUCCGCGGCGAGGAGAACCUGGCGGGCUGGAGGCCACGUAGCGACAGCCUCAUCCUGGACCACCAGUGGGAGCUGGAGAAGCUGAGCCUCCUGCAGGAGGUUGAGAAGACCAGGCACUACCUGCUGCUGCGGGAGAAGCUGGAGGCGGCCCAGCGGCCCGGCCCCGAGGCACUGUCCCCCGCCUCCAGCGAGGACUCCGAGGCCCCCAUCUCCUCCAGCACCUCCUCCCCGCUCACGGCUGAGGCCCGGCCGGCAUCCCUAGAGGCGCCCAGCGAGCGGCAGCGGGAGCUGGCUUUCAAGUGCUUACGGCUCCUCACCCACUCCUUCAACAGAGAGUACACCCACAGCCACGUCUGCAUCAGCGCCAGCGAGAGCAAGCUCUCCGAGAUGUCGGUCACCCUGCUGCGGGACCCGUCCAUGUCCCCGCUGGGGGCCACCACGCUCACCCCCUCCUCCACCUGCCCCUCCCUGAUCGAGGGCCGGUAUGGGGCUGCCGACCUGAGGACCCCACAGCCCUGCUCCCGGCCGGCCAGCCCGGAGCCUGAGCCCCUGCCCGAGGUGGAUGCCAAGAAGCCCCCCUCCCCUGCCCGGGCGGCGGAAGCCGACAAGGAGCCCCAGCGCCUGCUGGUGCCUGACAUCCAGGAAAUCCGCGUCAGCCCCAUCGUCUCCAAGAAGGGCUACCUGCACUUCCUGGAGCCGCACACGGCCGGCUGGGCCAAGCGCUUCGUGGUGGUGCGGCGGCCCUACGCCUACAUGUACAACAGUGACAAGGACGCCGUGGAGCGGUUCGUGCUCAACCUGUCCACUGCCCAGGUGGAGUACAGUGAGGACCAGCAGGCGAUGCUCAAGACCCCCAACACGUUCGCGGUGUGCACGGAGCACCGGGGCAUCUUGCUGCAGGCCAGCAGCGACAAGGACAUGCACGACUGGCUGUACGCCUUCAACCCCCUGCUGGCCGGGACCAUACGGUCCAAGCUGUCCAGAAGGAGGUCUGCCCAGAUGCGGGUCUGAGCCCAGCCACCCGCAGGCCCGGCCCCGCCUCCCGUCAUCGCCACCAUCUGUCAGUGCCGCCCAGCCCCGCCUGCCUCCUGGGACGCCCGCCCUGCCUGGGACCUGCCACACGACCUGUCCCAGCAGAGGCCACGCGUGUCGUCCUUUCUUUCUGCAGGAGGCGCCCCGGGUGGGAGGAGCUGGGAGGUGCCGGAAAGACGGGGGGCAGGAGUCACGGGGCGUCGCUGCCAUUCUCAUAUUUUUUUAAGCAUAGACAGACUUAUAAUUAACAUACACUAGUUAGUGACGUUGAGACAGUCCCCUCAGACAUUAACGACAAGACUGUGUUCUAUUUAUAAGUAUUUAUUUCUAAUGCCUUCACGUAGACCUGUAGGAUUCAGACGGACCCGCGCCCUUGUUCCCACACACACCUCCCAAGCCUCUUGGGGACAGACGGGUCGGGGCGGCCCUCCGGGAGCCACGAGGAUGCACUGCCCCGGCCGGAGCUGAGGCCUGGUCCCGGGGCCCGUGUGUGUGUGUGUGCGCGCACGUGUGUCGGGGGUGUGACGCCUGAAGGCCGAGCAGCGCAGGUGUGUCCCUUCCAGCAGGAGUAGGGUGCGUAUCUCACCCAGAAGGCAGCCCCUGAGCCGUGACCGUCGGGGACGCUGGCAGCGGUGCCCAGGCACCCGGUCUGGGGUGAGAGGGUCAGGGUGGUGCCUGGUGUCUGGGCCGGCCGGGGGCGGGGCUGGGUGUACGAGUGCUCCGGGCGGCAAGGAGCUGUGGGCAGCGUGGGCAGGGGCGAGACGCGGGGUGAGCCACGGGUCGCCGUGGGGAGGAGGCCGUGGGCCUCUCUGUUUCCAGGAGAGGAGUGUUCAGGGGUCCCGGGGGGGAGACUCCAGGCGGUCAGUGUGGGUAGCCAAUGCCAGUGCUGGGCCACUCAUCUUCCAGACACCUUUUCCUGUGUCCUAGGGUGUCGCCCGGUCUGGUUCCGGCCUCUUGUGACAGUACCUGUCUCGUCCCCUCUUCAGAAUCUGGGCCCAAGGGUCACCCAGGAUCGCGCAGGGUCACCCGGGCUGAGGGUCUGGUCGGGGAACCCCCUUGCCCAGGGUCUUUGAGGAGCCCUUCCUCCUCCCAGAGACACGCAGCUCAGGGGAGAGCAGCCGUAGCACAAGGCCUGUCCGCUCCACAGCGCCCGGAACAGGUGGCAGAGGCGGAGGGUCUAGACUAGGACCGAACGCCGUCCAGAAAUCGGGGGCCUGAGCCCCCCCGGGGUCCCCAGAGGCCACGCAGAGAGCAGGCUGACCGCCGUUCCAGAACCAUCACUGAGCCAAGCUUGCGGGCAGGGGAGGACGCGCGGGUGAGCUCUGGGGAUCAGUCCCAAGCACCCCGCUGUCCUGCGGGGAGACUGAGGCGCAGAGCCCGGGCCACGGCCCCUCAGGUCAGCCAGCCUGAGGCCACAGCCUCGUCAGCGUCCAUGACCCUGUCUGGGGGCAGGGUGCCUGGGGCCAGCCAGCCUGCAGAGCCCCUGCUGCGCAGGGCAGGCCUGAGGCACUCGCCCGUGUCCAGGGCCCCCACGGCCACGGGGGCCCCCACGGCCACUGUGUCCUGGCCUCCUGCCUUCCCGGUGGGGACUUAACACUCAGGGUGUCCCCUGCCCAACACCACCUCCUCUCGGCCUGGGCCCAAGAGCUCCAUCUGCGCAUCGGGAAAGCUGCUCUCCUGGGCCGGGUGCCGUGGGAGCCAGCAGAAGUGGUCCGGGACCCCAUCCCAUCUGUGACCCGGGGGGCCGCCUGGAGGCUCCGGGGGUCCCCAGGGGGUGGGCGCAGGUGGGGAGGUCAGGUGUGAGGUCGAGCUGUGUCCUCGAGGGGAGGGAAGGAUGCCAGAAGCCACCUCUCUCAGACAGGUUUUGUUUUGGCGCUUGAGGCUGCUCGGGCUGCAGCUGCCAUGAGUUUGGGGGCGGCUCCUCCAGGGAGGGGGCAUGCCUUCCACAGCGGCCCUGGGUGGAGCCCCGGGAGGGAGAGUCUGGGCCCCGGUGACCAGGCUGGGGGCUAGAGGCGGGUGUUGAGACCUGUCCGCUUCAAGGCCUCGGUGCUCUGAGUGACUAUUCAUAAUAAGCCAGCGUUUUGUUCUCUGACAGUGCGCACAGACGCGCACACACACACACACACACACACACACACACACACGUGCGCGCAGGGUGACUGUGGUGACCCCCCGUCAGCCCUGGUCCCCCUCAGCGCCUCUGGGCCGGAUGAGGCAAGACGCCCAAGGAGGGUCCCUGAACGUCUCCGAGGUUACAGCGUGCAGGGGGUUGCCACGCCGGUCCCUGCCAGCCCUCCCCUCCUUCAUGCCCUGGGACAGACCCGGGCCUCCCGCGGCCGGCCAGCCCCCGAGUCCCCCGUGGCUUGUACCUAUGUGCUUGUGUGGUCCCUGCACCGUGACUGCCAUCCUGACGUAACGACUAGUCCCCUGGUGUCCUGAACCCAAGUGUUAGGCUCUCGGCUCCUGUCCCGUGUGUGUGCACUUAAGCUCUGUCCAAUUAAGAAAUAAAAUGGCUCUUUAUGCAACCCCAGA